AUGAGACUGAAGCCAGUGACAUUGGUGAAAGAAGUGGCUAUUGCAACCCUAGAGAGUGAUAAUGCACUAAGAUGCUCGCCAUCAUCAUGGACACAACCUCCAUUAGCGAUGCCUGGUCCAUCCUUUUCCCUUUUAAGUUUCCCUGAAGGAUCGAUUCCUCAAAUUCUGUCAGAUCGCGAUGCAAAGUUUGCUAUCAUUUUGAGACUGUCUUCGACAUAG